AUGGCGUCUCAUAUGCUGCGUCCGUUGGCCUCGUCCGCGGUUCCUGCUUCAGCUUCUGAGCUGUGCGCCUCGAGCUUCUUCUUCCAGAAGCAACUGAAAGGCUACAGGCUCAAAGAUGGUCGUCUGUCGAGUCGCAAACAAUGGCACAGCACCCUCAAAGCUUCGUCUCAGCGCGCACUUGUCGCAGACGUCUCCAAGCCUCUCGCUCUGAUCCGUCAUGUUUCCACGCCUACGCCUCGCAACUAUUCUACAGUGGUACUUCCAAAGACAACUCCCUACGAAAAUCUAGUUGUCGGUGUUCCCACCGAGAUCUUUCCUAACGAACGUCGUGUUGCCCUUACACCUGCUAACGUAGCUAUCCUCAAGAAGAAGGGCUUUAAGCAGGUCCUUGUCGAACGUGGUGCUGGUGUUCAUGCUGACUUUCUCGAUGCUGCUUACGAAAAAGCUGGCGCAACUCUUGUCGACAGCCCUAGAGAAGUCUGGUCCAACUCAGACAUUGUUCUCAAAGUUCGCGGUCCUGGUCUAGAAGAAGUCGGCUCCAUGAAAGAAGGCCAGACUAUCAUUUCUUUCCUCCAACCCUCCCAGAACAAAGAACUUGUUGAAAAGAUUGCUGCUCGAAAGGCUACUAGUUUCGCCAUGGACAUGAUUCCUCGUAUUUCUCGCGCUCAGGUCUUUGAUGCCCUCAGCAGUAUGGCCAAUAUUGCUGGCUAUAAAGCUGUUCUCGAAGCUUCAAACGUAUUUGGUAGAUUCCUCACUGGUCAGGUUACUGCUGCUGGAAAGAUCCCCCCUUGCAAGGUUUUGGUUAUUGGUGCUGGUGUUGCUGGUUUGAGUGCUAUUGCUACCGCUCGCCGUAUGGGAGCCAUUGUCCGUGGCUUCGAUACUCGACCCGCUGCUCGCGAACAGGUUCAGUCUCUUGGAGCCGAAUUCAUCGAAGUUGAACUCCAAGAAGAUGGAUCUGGCGCUGGUGGUUAUGCUAAAGAAAUGAGUAAGGAAUUUAUCGAAGCUGAAAUGAAGCUCUUUAAAGACCAAGCCAAGGAAGUCGACAUUAUCAUCACUACAGCACUGAUCCCUGGAAAACCUGCCCCGAAACUGCUCAAAAACGAUAUUCUUGAUGUCAUGAAACCUGGAAGUGUCAUUGUUGAUUUGGCCGCUGAAGCUGGAGGUAACUGCGAAGCUACUAAAAAGGGAGAGCUAGCCAUCUACAACGACGUCAAAGUUAUUGGAUACACUGAUCUGCCCUCUCGCUUGCCAACUCAGUCAUCGACUCUCUAUUCCAACAACAUUACCAAGUUCUUGCUUUCCAUGACCCCUGAACCCAAGGCAUUCGGUAUCGAUCUUACGGACGAAGUUGUAAGAGGUGCCAUCGUGACUCAGGAGGGAGAUAUCGUUCCUCCUGCUCCUCGCGCAGCACCCCCGCCACCUCCCGUAAAGACCGAGACCGCGCAGGAGACCCCUGAAGCUGUAGCCCUUACACCCUGGCAAAAGAAGACUCGCGAAGUUGCUGGUGUCACUGCAGGUAUGGGUAGCAUCUUGGCACUUGGGAAAUGGACCAGCCCUCUCCUCAUGUCGAAUGCGUUCACCUUUGCUUUGGCCAGUCUUAUCGGAUACCGUGCUGUUUGGGGUGUUGCCCCUGCCCUUCACUCGCCUCUGAUGAGCGUAACCAACGCUAUCUCUGGAAUGGUGGGUAUUGGUGGUUUGUUCAUUCUUGGAGGUGGAUUCCUUCCUGCAACGAUCCCUCAAGCUUUUGGCGCCGUGAGUGUCUUGCUGGCAUUUGUCAAUGUUGGUGGUGGCUUUGUCAUAACCAAGCGUAUGCUGGAUAUGUUUAAGCACACAGGACCUACUGAUCCCCCUGAGUACCCCUGGCUCUAUGCUGUUCCUGCUGUACUGUGCGGUGGCGGCUUUCUGGCCGCUGCCUCGACUGGUGCUGCUGGUCUUGUUCAAGCCGGUUACCUCGUCAGCUCUGUCCUCUGCAUUGGCUCCAUCUCUAGUCUUGCUUCCCAGGCCACUGCUCGCAUGGGUAACGCCUUUGGUAUUCUUGGUGUUGGUACAGGUGUUUUGGCCAGUCUUCUUGCUGCUGGUUUCACACCCGAGGUCCUCACGCAGUUUGGUGGUCUCGCGGCCAUCGGUACCAUUGCUGGCAUGCUUAUUGGCAAGCGAAUUACUCCAACCGAUCUUCCCCAGACUGUUGCAGCCCUUCAUUCCGUCGUCGGUCUUGCAGCUGUCUUGACUAGCAUCGGUAGUGUCAUGGCAGAUGUCAUGGACCCAUCAACUCUUCACAUGGUGACAGCCUACCUUGGUGUCUUUAUCGGCGGUAUCACAUUUACCGGAUCGCUUGUCGCGUUCAUGAAACUUGCGGGUAAAAUGUCGUCCAAGCCCAAGAUGUUACCUGGACGACACAUCAUCAACUCAGGCUUACUUGCAACCAAUGCAGCUACCAUGGGUGCCUUCAUCACCAUGGCGCCGGGAAGUCCCAUGAUUGCAGCUGGAGCACUCGCCGGAAGUGCUGCGUUGAGUUUCAUCAAGGGAUACACGACAACUUCUGCGAUUGGAGGUGCUGAUAUGCCUGUCGUUAUCACUGUCUUGAACGCAUACAGUGGUUUUGCUCUCGUUGCUGAAGGGUUCAUGCUCGAAAACACCCUUUUGACCACAGUCGGAGCGCUGAUCGGUGUCUCUGGAUCCAUUCUUUCAUACAUCAUGUGCGUUGCGAUGAAUCGGUCACUCACAAACGUGUUGUUUGGAGGGCUGGGCACACCGACUCAAGUCCAAGAGUAUAAACCUCAAGGAGAAGUCACCACAACAUCUGUAGAUGAUCUUGCAGAUGCACUUCUCAACUCUGAAAAGGUCAUUCUCAUUGUCGGUUAUGGCAUGGCUGUUGCCAAAGCGCAGUACGCCAUCUCGAGCAUCGUCUCGACUUUGCGAGCCAAGGGUAUCACUGUCCGUUUUGCCAUCCAUCCUGUUGCAGGCCGCAUGCCUGGACAGUGCAACGUGCUCCUCGCUGAGGCCAGCGUACCGUACGAUAUCGUUCUGGAAAUGGACGAGAUCAACGACGACUUCCCCGACACUGAUCUUGCUGUUGUCAUUGGUGCUAACGAUACUGUCAACCCCAUCGCAAUGGAAAAGGGCAGCUCAAUCGAAGGUAUGCCUGUGCUUCACGCCUGGAAGGCCAAGCAGGUUGUGGUUAUGAAGCGAGGCAUGGCCAGUGGUUAUGAGUUUCGUGUGAAGCUAACCCUCCAAGCUAUCAAAUCUGCAAUUGAAGCAAAGUCGUAG